GCUAAAAAUAUCAAAAUUAAAAAAUGUCAAUACCAAGAAUUAUUUUUGUGGCAUAUAUAUUUUCACUAUCUGAAAUCACUUUAGGAUCUCAACUUGUUACGUAUAUAUUUGGCGAUUCUUUAACAGAUGUUGGGAACAAUAAUUUUCUACAAUAUUCUUUAGCCAAAUCUAAUUAUCCUUGGUAUGGAAUUGAUUAUAGUGGUGGCCAAGCUACUGGAAGAUUCACCAAUGGGAGGACUAUUGGUGAUAUCAUAUCUUCUAAGCUUGGAAUUCCAUCACCACCAGCUUAUUUGUCUGUUUCUCAAAAUGUUGAUGCUCUUCUCAAAGGGGUAAAUUAUGCAUCUGGUGGAGCAGGAAUUCUCAAUGACACUGGUCUUUACUUUAUUCAGAGAUUGACUUUUGAUGAUCAAAUAAACAGUUUCAAGAAAACUAAAGAAGCAAUCACAACAGAAUUAGGUGAAGCAGCUGCAUACAAGCAUUUCAAUGAAGCCAUGUACUUCAUUGGAAUUGGUAGUAAUGACUAUGUCAACAAUUUCUUGCAGCCCUUCUUGGCAGAUGGCCAACAAUAUACUCCUGAUGAGUUUGUAGAACUCUUAAUCUCUACUUUAGAUCAACAACUUAAGAGGCUCUAUCAGCUGGGAGCACAAAAAAUGGUCUUCCAUGGAGUUGGUCCACUGGGUUGUAUCCCAUCACAAAGAGUUAAAUCCAAAAAAGGCCAAUGUCUAAAGCAAGUUAAUGAAUGGAUCCAACAAUUCAACUCUAAAGUUCAGAAGCUAAUCAAAACACUAAACCAAGGCCUUCCAAAUGCAAAACUCAUCUUUGCUGACACUUAUCCUUUAGUUCUUGACUUGAUUGAUAAUCCAUCUACUUAUGGGUUUAAAGUUUCAAAUACAUCUUGUUGCAAUGUAGACACAAGUAUUGGAGGAUUAUGUUUGCCAAACUCAAAGUUAUGCAAAAACAGAAAUGAAUAUGUAUUUUGGGAUGCUUUUCAUCCAUCAGAUGCAGCAAAUGUUAUUCUUGCAGAGAAAUUCUUCUCUAGUCUUUUCUCAUCAGCUCCUUCUGCAGCACCAAGCCCUUCACCCUAAUUUCACAUAAAUCAAUCAAUUUUAUAGUAAUACCAAAGAAAUCAACUUAAUAUAUUUGGACACAAGUUUAGGCACACGUGCAAUUCAAUCACAUUGCAAUUUGUAACUAAUGAAGCCAGCUAUGAAGUUUAACAAUUAUAUGUUAUGUUAACUAAGAGAUAAUGGCAUUAAACUAAUUCAAGUUUUAAUAUGCAGUUUGUAAGUUAUGCUUUUUUUUUAUGAACGUAAAGUUAUGCUUCAAUGUCUUAUAUGUAACGAAAACUAAUUAAUAUAUGGCUUUUUCCAUUUCUUAUUAA